AUGUUGGCCAGAAAGAGCAUCAUCCCCGAGGAGUAUGUGCUGGCGCGCAUCGCGGCGGAGAAUCUGCGCAAGCCGCGCGUCCGAGACCGCCUCCCCAAAGCCCGCUUCAUCGCCAAGAGCGGGGCAUGCAACCUGGCGCACAAGAACAUCCGUGAGCAAGGACGAUUCCUGCAGGACAUCUUCACUACCUUGGUGGACCUGAAAUGGCGCCACACGCUGGUCAUCUUUACCAUGUCGUUCCUCUGCAGCUGGCUGCUCUUCGCCAUCAUGUGGUGGUUGGUGGCCUUUGCCCAUGGGGACAUCUACGCUUACAUGGAGAAGAGUGGAAUGGAGAAAAGUGGUUUGGAGUCCACUGUUUGUGUGACUAAUGUCAGGUCUUUCACCUCUGCUUUUCUCUUCUCCAUUGAAGUUCAAGUGACGAUCGGAUUUGGAGGGAGAAUGAUGACAGAGGAAUGUCCUCUGGCCAUCACAGUUUUGAUUCUCCAGAACAUUGUGGGUUUGAUAAUCAAUGCAGUCAUGUUGGGCUGCAUUUUCAUGAAAACAGCUCAGGCUCACAGGAGGGCGGAAACCUUGAUUUUCAGCCGCCAUGCUGUGAUUGCUGUCCGAAAUGGCAAGCUGUGCUUCAUGUUCCGAGUGGGCGACCUAAGAAAGAGUAUGAUCAUUAGUGCCUCAGUGCGCAUCCAGGUGGUCAAGAAGACAACUACACCUGAAGGGGAGGUGGUGCCUAUUCACCAGCUGGACAUUCCUGUUGAUAACCCAAUUGAGAGUAAUAACAUUUUUCUGGUGGCCCCUUUGAUCAUCUGCCACGUGAUUGACAAGCGCAGCCCCUUGUAUGAUAUCUCAGCAACUGACCUCGCCAACCAAGACCUAGAGGUCAUAGUGAUUCUGGAAGGAGUGGUCGAAACUACUGGCAUUACCACACAAGCAAGAACCUCCUAUAUCGCUGAGGAGAUCCAAUGGGGCCAUCGCUUUGUGUCUAUUGUAACUGAGGAGGAAGGAGUGUAUUCUGUGGAUUACUCCAAAUUUGGCAACACUGUUAAAGUAGCUGCUCCCAGGUGCAGUGCCCGAGAGCUGGAUGAGAAGCCUUCCAUCCUGAUUCAGACCCUCCAGAAGAGUGAACUGUCCCAUCAAAAUUCUCUGAGGAAGCGCAAUUCCAUGAGGAGAAACAAUUCCAUGAGGAGGAACAAUUCCAUCCGAAGGAACAACUCAUCCCUCAUGGUGCCAAAGGUGCAAUUUAUGACUCCAGAAGGAAAUCAAAACACAUCGGAAUCAUGACAGCAAGCCAACCUCAAGAAAAUCUUUUAUCAAGUGUUGGAUGGUUUAGGCAAAGCACUGUCAGACUGCACCAGAGCCGAAACACAGUAAUUUGUUCUUCUAUGUCUUCAUGCACCAAAUGAUACUCAUAUUCAAGCAACAGCACUUUCUGUGUCAAUAACCAGUAACACAAGGUGGAGGGUUCAUGGCUCAUACUUGUCUCACACAUGUGGUAUUUGCAGUGACAUGCUUCUAUUAUGUAUAGGAAAUAGUAUGCUCUCCUUUCUCUCAAUUUGAAACCCAAGAAUUCCGUUCAUAGUAAUAGACCUUGAAUACCAAAGUUGGCCAAGGAAUGAUUCUGUUUGAAAUGCUUAGUGCUUGAAACCACAGAUCUCUCUGUUUCCAUUGGUCACUCUGAAAAUGCAAUUAGGGUGGGCAGGGGAACCCCAAAAAGGUGCUGUUAACACCUUUUGUGUAUCAACCAGUAUGUUGCCUUCUCCUUUUUCUAGAUGCUGCGCCUGGUGAGAA